AUGGCAAACAUGGAGCAAUUAGACGCAUUGCUGCAGUCUUUGCAAGCUCUCAAGCCUCCAGGUGCAACCAAAGGAAAGAUUACUGCCAUCACCAAACUUUGCGGAGACAAUGUUCAGUCUGAAUCUGCAAUUACGCAGAAGCUCUAUAGGCAUCUCAAGCGAACCCCAGGAACCCACAAGCUCGGAGUGCUUUAUGUUGUAGAUUCAGUGACCCGUCAAUGGAUUGAAAAGGCUCGUCAAUCAUCGCAGGAACUGUCGGGAAGUGCAGCACCUGAAGGUACCUUUGCAUCAGGAGUGCAUAGAGUUACUGAACUUCUGCCAUCCCUGAUCGAUGAUACUAUCCAGAACGCACCACCUGACCACAAGGCAAAGGUAGAGAGUCUGGUGCAGAUUUGGGAACGCGGCAACACAUUCCCUGUCCCUACCCUCACAGAGAUCAAGAAGAAGCUGGCUGAACCGGUGGCUCAAACCGUUGCUUCUACUACUCCUCCUGGCAGCCCACCGCUCAGCAUGCUCGUUUCUCUGGGUCUGCGACAAGCCCCACCACCAUCGAGCGCACCUCAAGCAGCUCCCGUCCCCCAAACCCAACCCGAUGCAUCCAGUAUUCUUGCUGCUCUCUCACGCCUCCAACCCAUGCCAGCUCCAGCUGUUUCAGCUCCCGCACCCGCUCCUCCUGUCGUACCCGUCCAAGCUUCUGCACCAAGUGCGCCUGCAGAUCUUGCUGCCAUCAUGGCCGGUGCCACUCGAGGCUACCAAGGACAACCUCUACAAGCACCACCCGCAUCCUACGGUUAUCCUGCUCCGCCUCCUCAGCAGUCGUACGGCCAGGCAUAUCCGCCACCUACACCAGUAGCAGGCAUGCCUCCAGCCUACCCUCCGCAAUACCACACUCCUGCUCCUUACCAACAAGCACCACCUCAGCCUCCCGCUCCUGCCGCUCCCUCAGCCCCUGGCUCGUUCCUGCCUGCACACAUCCUGAGUAAUCCACAAAUAUUGCCUAACGUGCUUCAGUUGAUUCAAGGUUUGUCUCAAGAAGGAAUCCCACAAGAGCAAUGGGGAGCUGUCCUUAGUGCACUGUACCCACCCCCACAGCAAGGACCCCCUGCGCAAGAUGCAUACCCUCCUCGCUCAAAUGAUCGCGUCCAUUACAGAGACAGAUCCAUGGAUCGUGGUGGUCGCGAUCGAAGCCGCUCACCAGGACCGGCCCGCAACAACAACCCUGGCCGUCGCGCAAGCCCUGUGUACGGUACUUAUGAUGCUUCUCUUGCGCAGUCUACCCAAGAUCAAGCUGCUUCCAACUCUGAUCGACGUGGAGGCAGAGGCCGUGGCCGCGGUGGCCGCAACGAUUAUCGCCAACGUACUCCACCUUCCGCUCGCACACCUCAAGCUGACGAGCCUCUGGUUCCCCGCAACAUCAAUCCCAAAUGGACAGACAUGGACAACACCAUUCCUCCUGGCCACAUCAAGGUCCUCAGCAGAACGCUCUUUGUCGGUGGUGCCAAUGGCAACGAAGCUGAACUACGUGCCAUCUUUGGCCGUUUCGGCCCCGUCCAAACGUGUAUCGCAAAUGAGGACAAGCGCCACGCCUUUGUGAAGAUGUGCAACCGUCAAGAUGCCGUCAACGCAAAGGCCGCCAUGGAGACUACCAGAGACCCAGACAUCCUGGCCAAGGCUCGCCAAACCAAAUGGGGUGUCGGCUUUGGCCCUCGCGAGUGCUGCGACUACAGCAACGGCAUCAGUGUCAUCCCAAUCGACACCUUGACCGAAGCCGACCACAAAUGGAUGCUGACUGCCGAGUACGGUGGCACUGGUGGUCGCCCCAUUGAAAGUGGUCUCGUUGUGGAAGAACCCGACAUCGAAAUCGGAGCUGGUGUCUCUUCCAAGGCUAUGAGCCGUCGUGUUGGCCCUGAUGGUGGACACCACCGCGGUGGCCGUCGUGGCGGACGCGGAGGCGGUCGUUUCAACCAGCAUGAAUCUCACCAUGCCCCUCGUCCUGAGCCCGUCACCGUGGCACCUCCUCCACCCGUGCCUGGCUUUGGUUUCAUUAUGCCUCAGUUCCGUUAG